UGGCCUCCCAAAGUGCUGGGAUUACAGGUGUGAGUCACUGCACCUGGCUGCUGGUGAACUUUCAUAGUUGCCCUUCAUUUUGUUCAGACUGUCUGGCCAGGUAUUGAAGAUUCUACUUUCUGCUGCCAAUUGUUUUUUUCUUCUCUCCCAUGAUUUCUCCCUCCCUUCUGCCCCCAGGGCCCUUCAGGUCAACACUUGGUCUGUCUCCUGUGCAUGUCCUGGGCUUAACUAUUUCUUGGCUGUCCCCCUGCCAUCCUAGAGUGCCCUCUGGACUCUUGCCUGGUGGGACUUGCUGACAAGGUGGAUUGGUGCUCCAAAGACCCUAACAAAACUCUAUCAUCUAUCAUAUGGAGGCCUUGCUGACCCAAUAGAAACGUUCCUUUUAUAUUCCCAGAGCAGAGCUCUGUUCUAUUUGCUCUCCCGAAGUCCUGACUUGCAAGGGCACUGGAAGGCGGGUGGGGAGGGUAUAUGCAGCGGAAAUGAGGGGCCCUCAUUUUUCUAAUCUGUUUAUUGUACUUGUACUACCACAUGGCCUCCUAAGAUUCUUCUACUUCUGUAGAAAGUGUGAUCCCCUUUAGAAAGCCUCUGGCAUUAAGUCAGGAGUAAAGAAACUUGUGAAACCCUAUGGCUUCUGCAGGACAACUCCUGUCUAUCAGGGGAAGAAAGGCUCAGGUGCAAGCUUAGCAAAAGCUUUUUGCUGGAGAAAUCUCUGGGAAAAGGGAUGCUCAUCAAAUGCUUGCUGGGAGUGUCCAUGGGCAAGGGGCAACCACCCUCUCCCUUGAGCUUGACUUCUUUUCCACCUUUUUGUGACCUGGCUAAGUCAACCUUCCAUGUGGUCCUUACAGCGACUGGAGUUAAGUUGACUAUGAUUCCGUAUUCUAGGUCAAGACUAAUGUCUUCUGAAGACUUAGCAGAGAUCCCUCAACUCCAAAAGCUGUCUGUCCCACAUGGCUUCCAGAACAAGGAGGCUGUUAGCUCCCCAACACCAUCCAUCACCCUUAGCCAGGUGCCCGACCUCCAGCCUGGGUCCCAGCUGUUUACUGAGAUACACCUGGCCAAGAUAGAGAAAAUGUUUGAGGAGGACAUCAACUCGACUGGAGCCCUGGGCAUGGACGCCUUCAUCAAGGCCAUGAAGAAGGUUCUAAGCAGUGUGUCGAAUGAGAUGCUAAAGGAGCUGUUUUUGAAGGUGGACUCAGACUGUGAAGGCUUUGUCACCUGGCAAAAGUAUGUGGAUUACAUGAUGCGUGAGUUCCAGGGAAAAGAGGACAUGCAAAAGAGCCAGUACCGCCUGCACCUCCACCUUCCCAUGAGGGUCGUCCCCCUGAACCAUGGCUGUGAGGUGGUGAAGGUGGUGUUUUUAAUCCACCGGUUCAAGAAGAUCGGGUGUUUCCUGACUGUCACCAAAGACGGCAUCCUGCAGUUCUGGUCUGAGUCCUUCUUGCUGAUCAGCUCCUUUAGGCUUAACCAGACCCAGCAGCUCUACAACCAGCCGAUGUGGGUCGUCGACAUGGUAUGUCUGCACAAUAUGAACCUCAUUGCAGUUGCGUCUACCAAGCAAAAGAUAGAUUUCUUUGAUAUUAGUGACCGCAAAUGUGUCCCAGCCUUCACCUUUAUUGAUCUGGACAGCUGUGCCCUGGUCAUGGACUACUGGUCUGACUAUCACAGAGGUGUAUUCUGCUAUGGGGACGCCAAAGGCAAUGUCAUCGUCUUCACCUCCGAAAAUGUGACCAGUGGGCUGUUCAACCCCCGUAUUCUCCCCAGGGCCUCCAAGUGGGAUCGCUGGAUCAAAGUUUCCAUGCAGAAACUCUUAAAUGAGAAGUCUGCUUUGUAUAGAAGCUACCGGCUGAAGGGCCAGAGGAAUGAUGAGUUAAAAAUACAGUUGAGUCACCCCGGUAGCUCCUCAUCACAUUUGGAACAAAAUCUCAAGUCCUUACCACGGCCGUCAGGACAUGAGGCUCUCCAUCCCAACUGGUGUCAGCAGGUCAAGUUCAUCCCCCAGAUGAACCUGGUGGUCUCCUGUUCAGCCAUCGAGAAGUCCUCUCUGGUGCUGACAGUAUUGCCGGCCAAAGCCUCUGAAAAACCCAAGUUGUCAGUGCUGCAUGUAAGGAAGGGGAUUCUUUGCUUUGAUUACUGCCCAGAGAGGAACUUCCUGGUGACUGGUGGCUACGAUGCCUUCAUCCGCCUGUGGAACCCCUUUGUCUCAAAGAGGCCCGUGUGGCUGAUGAAGGGGCACCAGACCUCAGUGACACACAUCCUUGUGGACAGCAGGAGCAGCAGCAUCCUCAUCAGUGUCUCCAAGGACAAGAAUAUUCGCGUGUGGGACAUGCUGGACUACAUAUGCCUCCAGUCCUUCUGCGGGAAGUUUUUUGUCCUGGGAAACUGCCCCAUCACCAGUGCCUACUUCUUCGAGAAAGACAAUACCCUCAUCUGCAGCACCUACUCAAUUGGGAUCCUAAAAGGGUACUUAGAGGCCCAGGGACCUAUCAAAGCAAGGAAGAGGACCACUCAUUGCUCACCCCUGUGUGCUGUCCUCUACAGCAAGAUCUUGAAGCAGGUGGUGAGUGGCUGCCUGCGCGGCACCGUGAGUGUGUGGGAGGUCGUGACGGGCAGGAAGACGAUGGAGUUCUCUGUGUCUGGGGGCCAGCACAUGGAGCUGACCGCCAUGUCCCUGGAUGAGUCAGAGCGGUGCCUGCUCACAGGUUUGCGGGAUGGCACAAUGAAGAUGUGGAACUACAACAUUGGCAAAUGCCUAUUGACCUUUCCCAAUCCGGACCAGCUGGAGAUUAGUGGGAUUAUCCAUAUGAACAAAGUGUUCUAUGUGGCAGGAUGGAGUAAGAGAAUCACGCAUUUCCUGUUCCACAAGACCAAGCCGGUGCUCUUAUGCUACCACUGGCAGACCUACCACACGGAGGACAUCCUGAGCAUGGCCAAGUACCAGAACCAGUUCCUCGGGACCUCCUCCUACAGUGGGGACAUCCUCUUCUGGAACCCCGGCACACUCAAGCCCAUCUUCAACUUCAAUGCCUCUAGGAGCCCCUUGCCCUUGCAGCCCAAGAGGGUGAAAGAUGUGAACAACUGCCUGCCUGAGAGCCACGGGCCCAGCAGACCCUGUGUGGAGCGGGAGAAGUGGGCAUACAAGAACCCCAGGAAGCUCUCCAGUCUCAGCCCCAAGUCUGCGGCCAAUACCAACCUGAGGCAGAGCCUGGUGUCGGCUCCCCCAGUGAUGAGGCGCUGGAGAGACAAGGAGCCAGUCAGGCCUGUGUCCCAGCAGAAACCUUCCAGUGCUGCUGGCACAUCCAUGCAGCCAGGCAAGAUCCACAGCAAACAGUCCAUUUACAAAGAGGAUGAAACAAGAAAAGCAGAAUGGCAGAAGAAUAUGUUGUUUCAAUCCAGUGCCUCGGUGGAGAAGGUUGGCCGUGAUCAGCCAGGGAGUGGGAUAUGAGCCGGGGAGUGGGCCAUUAAGAUGGGGCUUGGGGGCCUGGGCUCGGGGCCUGGCCUGAUUCUCCCCAGUGCCCAGAAGGCAUCUUGGAGAGGAUGGAGCCGCUUGGGAUAUUGGAGUCAGGGCUGCAGUGUCUGGGGAGAGCUCCUGUAUUAAUUUGUUUUCAUGCAACUGAUAAAGACAUACCCAAGACUGGGAAGAAAAAGAGGUUUAACUGGACUUACAGUUCCA